AUGAAGUCACCCACAACGCUGCCGCUUCUCGUGAGCGGCGUUGCGUUGCUCGCAUCGUUCCCUUCGGUGCAGGCGCACGGUCACCACUCGCAUGGCCCUGCUGACAACUCGAUACCCAUCGACAGCAUCCUCUGGAUCCAUAUCGGCAUCCAGACUUUCGCGUGGUUUUUCCUCUUUCCUCUCGCGAUGGUGCUCGGCAUGGUGCGACAUCGACUCCACGUCCCUGUCGCCACCACCUCGCUCGCACUCACCGUGGGCGGCUACUUUCUUGGACACGGACACGGCGGCCGCUCGUUCCCACACACUGCUCAUGGCACCAUGGCUUCGCUCCUCAUCUUUUACCUCGCAGCCCAAACGUUUCUGGGUGUCUACCUCAAACUCCACCUGCAAUGGCGACCCGAGAAAUGGAUCCGACCCACGCUCGUCACCGUGCACGGCAUCCUGGGCAAGAGCUUCCCCAUCGUCGGCUGGGUGCAGAUGGUCUUUGGGAUUUCGACGCUGCAGUCGUGGUGCUUUGGGGGCCAUCUCGGUCAGUGCCUGGCGCACUACAUCAUGGGCUCUGCGUUCCAAGCCUACGCCGCAAUUCUGGUGAUCAUGAUGAAAGCGGGCGGCGACUGGCUGCAGCGACGCGGCCAAAGUCAGGAAUGGUUUGAUUCGUGGGUCAUCAUGCUCUGGGGCAUCGUCAACACGUUCACGGAGCACCAUGGCGGACCAUGGACGCACAAGGACCUACAGCAUACGCUCAUGGGCGUGCUCUGGUGGGCCGGCGGUGCGGUGGGCAUCUGGCUCAGCCGCGGGGGCAGACGCAACGUCUUCCCGUCGAUCAUCAUCAUCUUGACCGGCUGGGCAAUGAGUGCGCACUCGCAGGCGCUUAUGAUCUCGACCAUGGUGCACUCGCUCUUCGGAUACGCUCUCAUGGGUGCGGGCAUCACACGCAUGAUCGAGGUCUGCUUUGUGCUGCAAGACCGUCCAACAGGCGCGACUGCCGAAUCACCAAACGCUGCUGUCGGCAGCAACGAAGCGGUCAACGGCAGCUGGUACCCCAUUCGAGCAUUCCAGUAUCUCCCGCCGUAUCUGCUGGUGGCAUCAGGCGUGCUCUUCAUGUCGGCAACCGACGAGGAGCUGCGCUGGGCCGAUGCGCAAGGUGUCGACCACGCAACGUGGGGUCUGAUCGACUUCAGCGCAUCGAUGCUGGUGUUUUUGUGGAUCAACGUGCUCGUUGAUCUGUACGUGGGGUAUGGUGGGCGAUACGGUGCUGCGCUCAAGAACGCAAACCAGGCAAGAGGCGCGGAUAGGGAGGCUCAGCAAAGCACGUCGCUCUACUCACGGCUCAGUGUGGGUAACGGCGCCGAGACGACGCGUGCAGGGAGAGUGGAGCAUCUCGAGCUGAACGGGUUGAGUAGGAAACAUCAUGAGCACGAGGGGUCGGAUGACGAAGGCGAAGCUAACCAUGUGCUGUUUGACGAGGAGGAUGAAGAUCCGUUUGAGGAGAAGGAGCGCGAUGACUACGAGAGCAGCGCCAGUGGCAGUGGCAGCGGAAGCGGUGGACGCAGUCAGAAUCAUCUUUGA